AAUUUUUGUUAAAAAAAGCGAAGACAAAUCGCGACUGGAGAACGAUGGCUCCUGGGAAGCGAGGCAAGGCCAAAGGUGGCCAAGCGCCGGCCGCCGCCGCGAGCGCCGCCGCCACCACCGGCGGGGAGUUCCCAGGCUGCCUCCGCCUGAUGCCUCCGUCCACCGUCGCCAUCUCUGUGCACGCCAAGCCGGGCUCCAAGGUCGCCACCAUCACCGAGAUCGGGGAGGAGGCCGUCGGGGUGCAGAUCGACGCGCCGGCGAGGGACGGGGAGGCCAACGCCGCCCUUGUCGACUUCAUCAGCUCGGUACUCGGAGUGAAGAAAAGAGAAGUAUCCAUCGGUUCUGGUUCAAAAUCGAGGGAGAAGGUUGUCCUAGUGCAGGACGUGACGCUCGGAAGCGUUUUCGAGGCCUUAAAGAAGGCAUGUAAUUCUUCAUGAUGUAUGUUCACCAUGUAUAACUUAGCUGUAUCAGCUAGACUACUGCUCUUUCUCCAGUAUAAAUUGAAUGAACCCUGUAAAUGGAAAUCUUUGAAAAUCGUCCAUGUCUUUUGAGAUCA